UGGGCGUGACGUCAUUGUGCGCAUCAACCUGCGCAGAAGACGAUAAUUGGAUUUUGACAAAAUUUAAUUUUUUCGGACUUUACGCAUUCAAGUUACAUUUACUGCGUAAAUAUGGAUUAUGUAUAAGGUUUCAAGCUGCUAUAAGGACUAACAAUCAUGGCACAAUGUAAACAAUCUGCCCAAGAGUUUAUUCGUGAUGCAUUUAGUCCCAUGGUUGCGGGGAUGUGCAGUCAUGAUGCUGAACAAGUUUGCAAGAAAAACAACCUGACAUUUGUUGAAUUGAUACAACCAUUUUGUAGGUUAGGGACAGAAGCUCACGUGAGAGACCCUGGGAAUAUAUCACAUACCCUACAGAAUUUUCGAGUGGUUGUUCGGGACAUGAGCCAACUCCCUCCCCAACCAACUCUGUCUAAAAAGAUCCUGAAUGAUGCUGUUGCCUCAGCCUAUAUCGCAACAGAUAGCUCAUCAAGUAACUGCCUCUCUAUCGGAAAAUAUGAUCUCCAGUUAUCAGCUAGUACACCUUGGUUUGAGGCCUACAGGGAAUGUUUCCUCCAGAUGGCGUACCCAUCAGAGCAUGAGUUCACUAAGCAUUACUUGGGGUGUAUGUUUGUUGUGUCUAGUGGCAAUACUGACCCUAUGGCACAAUUCCAUCAGAUGACACAGGAACAGCACCAACAACAGCAUUUGUCCCCCAAUAAGCUACCUAAAUGGUUCUGCCCUAAUGUACUGCACUAUUAUGUUCUUAUACAUGAUGUGACUGAAGCAGAACAGGCCAAGGCAGAAGCUAUAUACCAGAGCAUGAAAUCAACCUAUGGGCUGAACAACUGCCAUUUGCUCCAGAUCAACUCCUGCACUCCCCAAUCUACCCAAAAUUCUACCCCUGGAUCUACCCCGGGCUCAAACUCAGACACAGGAGCAGCAUUACCUGACCCCUGGGCACAGUUUAUACAAAAGAAACCAAAUGAUUUUAGGGAUUCGGACUAUGACCUAGCUAACCAUGUGUCUGACCUGACACGACUUCCCGAUGGAUUCUCCUCUGGAGACCCCUUAAACAAAAUUAUACCCACAGACCCCUUAGUCAAAUCGGUAGAAGAUGCUGCUGAGGCAUUUGAAGAAGAGUCUGUAUCGCAUCCACUCUCUGUGGGUACAGACAACCCACUCCAGUCCUCAACCGAACAGAGUUACACUGACCCCCACCUCCCAGAAUCCUCAUCCACAGGGCAGCAUGGGGCCUGUCUCACAGUCAGCGAUCACGAUAGGUUGAGGAUCUUUGUACAUGAGUUUAUUAUACGUGGGUUGGUGCCCUGGGCUGAGAGAACAAUGAGGAAUCUGAAUGAUCAGAUAUCAUCAAGAAAAGGCAUUCACAAAUCAUUCUUGGGUGCUACCCGGAGAUGGUUCAGUGGUAAUAAACCCCAGGGCCAGACUACCUCCACAGAGAAAGCCACUGUUGUAUAUACCCCAGAGGCUCCAGAAAUGCAACUAAGAAGACUAGGGGAUCUUGCCUUCAUGUUUCAACAGUAUGAGUUGGCAUACCAGACUUACCAUACAGCCAAGAAGGACUUCAAUAAUGACCAUGCAUGGCUACACUUUUCCGGUUCUUUGGAAAUGGCAGCAUUGUCAGUCUUCCUACAAGGUCCUACAAGUCAACGUAGUUUCCCUCAACAUUACUUGGACAGUGCAAUAUCAACAUAUCUUACCACUUGCAAAUCCCCAUUGUUUGCCACUCGGGCUACUCUAUUGUGCACAGAGGCAUGUAAAAGUAAAGGCCUGUACAAUGAGACGGCUAUGCAGUAUAUAAAACUAACCAGUGAGGACUCUGAUCUACGGAGUGCGCUACUCUUAGAACAAGCGGCACAUUGCUACAUCAACAGUAAACAACCAAUGGUGCGCAAGUAUGCAUUCCACAUGAUCCUAGCAGGCCACAGAUUCAGCAAGGCUGCUCAGAGACGUCACGCAUUGAGGGCAUAUGACCAGGCUCUACAAGUGUAUAGAGAACGAGAGUGGACCCUAGCUGAGGACCACAUCAACUUUACAAUUGGCCGUCAGUCGUUCAACAUCAAACAAUUAGAUGCGGCCACUGAGGCCUUGCGGAACCUUGUUGUCAGGGAGAGUAAACAAUCAUUACCACAGCAACACAGCUUUCUCCGAGAGUAUAUAUUUGUAUAUAAGCAACACCUGAAUGAAAGUGGUGAGAGCAACAAGUUGCCUGUGUUACCUCUACCACACAUCAAGAGCAAUGACAUCAAGGUUAUAGUUACUGGUAGUAAAACUCACAAAGAUGGUUCUCCUAUAGAAAGUAGUGAGAAACAAUGGAUACAACUGGAGAAACUCCUAGUGAACAAAUCUAUUCCUAACGAAGCCUUCAAGACAACUCCACAAUGUUUCUCUAGGCGCUCCAACAACUCAUCUAGUCCCAUAGCCAUUCAAGGAGAACCAGUUACCUUGGAGAUUCCCCUAUACAACCCACUAAAGGUGCCUCUAUUGUUGAGUGAUGUCACACUACUAUGGAAGCUAUUGCCCAUUGACUAUACCAGGGAGGGGGAGAACCAGGAAAAACUGCCUGAAGUAGUCACCAAUGAGGUGGUAUCACGGGGGAAAUCUAACGUAGCAGACCAAUUGGUUCAUACAGAGGUGCUGAAUGACAUCACAAUACCAGGGAAUACAACUACACAGGUGACAUUAUGCCUUGAACCACAGCAGACUGGGGAACUGACCAUAACAGGACUUGUAUAUAGCUUAGGAUCUGGACAGAACUCAGACAAGACAGGCCAUCAGAAUAAUAUAUGUGUGAGAGGCAAGCAAGUGCUUGAGACUCAAGGGCCACGUUUGAAUGCCACCAAACUAGAGAAAACAACUUGUAUGUAUGGACCUGAUAAACGACUAGACCUCAUUGUGGCUCCACCAAUGCCACAGUUGAAGGUGGAAUUCACUGAAAUGCCAACAACAUUACUCUGUGGGGAAGUACGUCAUAUACCCGUAACCUUCACAAACUGUGGGGCAGUUGACCUGCAUAAUCUCACAGUCGGGGCUGCCCAGCCUAAACUUGUGACAUUUGGGGCCCCAAGCCGUGACCCAGAAAAUGGAACAUAUAAAGUGACAUCAAAAGAUUUUGGGACUGAGUUUCUUCAUAAUGGCGAUGCAGCAUCUUAUGUUAUGGACAUUCCUAUUGAAGGUGAUGUGUUGAAGACUGGAGAGAGUGUACAAGUGUCCAUGUGGCUCCAAGGUACAAAAACAAGUGGGGUACAAGAUAUAGACUUACUAUUUUUCUACCAACCAACACAGCAAGUUCCAAAAUUGAACUAUCGGUUGCUACGGCAACGUAUAUCUGUAUACACGGUUGGGUCGUUGAACCUGAAAUGUUCGGCGUUGAGAUCUUGUAGCGUCACUCCUGGCACACGUGACCUUAGCAGUGCAAUUAUAGCUCUAGAAGUUGAAAAUGCUAAUCAGAUUCAUGACAGUACUAUAGCAGAGUUUAGUAUCCUACAAGUGUCCUGUGCCAGUCAGAAAUGGACCUUGAGACACCUCAGUACACAAAGCAACACAGACAUGAAGGUAUGCAGUCAUGAAAAGCUACAUAUGUUACUGAAAGCAUGUCAAGCCAAACAGAAAUGUGAUAAAGAACAACUGGUCUUCACCAAUGUUACAUUUGAUCAGCACCAGAUUGACAGUGUAGCGAGUCCAUGUGCAGAUUUUUACCUGAGGAGUAAAGCCAUAAAGUCCCUUGAAGAGUAUAUGGAUGAGGAACCUGAGCAGUACUCAAAGGAGGGUUCACAAAUUGUAGAUCAGGGGCAAAAGUGGGAUGGCCUUGAGUGCACUACACAAAUAGGACUUUCUCUUAUUAUACUUUGGAAGGCAUUCCUGGUUGAUGACAUGGGCAAGAGUCGCAGUGUGUGUGGUCAGCACCAUCUAGCAGUAGACACAAUUGGAGAAGAGGUUCUUGAUACACUACAAGCCAAGCCUGCAGUAUUCCAGAAGGCUGUACAGUUCUCAAAGUCUAUUGAACAAGUUGUAGAAGCACAACCAGAGUCCAAUCUCCUUGCAGAGAUGCUCCACUGCUCAGCCACAACUCCACACUCACUAGUUCAACAUGACUUCAAAAAACAAAGACUUUGUUCAGUGCCGGUCGCCUUAACCCUCCAGAACUGCUCAGCAUGCCCUCUGUCUGUCAAUGUCAACACUACAGCUAGCACCAGAGAUGAAGACAAAUCCACAUUCCCAGAUCAGCGGUUAGGUGCGUUCACAUGGGUACGACAGCACAGCCUCACCCUAAAACUGUCCCCAAACAGCUCAGUGACUCUUCCCCUAGCUGCAGGGGUUGGCCAACCUGGGGUCUACAACCUAGCUCAUAUAGGUGUCACUGCUAGGCUAGAUCUCGAGUGUUACCAUGGUGAUAAUAUUAAACAAAAUGUCUCCAUGCCAACACUGUUGACAGUUGUUCAGUCCAAGGAUGGUUAACUUAUGGCUUCAAUGAAUGAACCUGUGGAAUAUUUUGUGUCAUACUUUGCGAGAAAGAAGGCUGUCCAAUUGAAAAAGUAUCACACUGAGCUGUAUAGGCAAUUUAGGAGAGAUCACUAGAUAUUAGUGACCUUUUUGAGUUUUUUCUUGAUGAACAGCUGAGUCCAGAAUAUUUUCUGUCUGUACUAUCAAUGCUCAUAAUAUUUCGAUACCUAACAACCAUGUUUCAGUUCACAAAAGCAUCUCAAUUGUUUUUUUCAAUCCAAAUUUAACAAUAUAUUUAGGCCCAGAAUCUUUAUCUUAAAACUGGUUGGAUCCAAUUGCCUGUCCGUCCCUUACCCAAUGUGAUGGGUGCCAUGUGAUGUAUGAGGAGCUGUUGGUGAUGCAUUCUAAUUACUUAGACUAUGAUCGAGGAGGAUGUCUUCCCUGUUGAAGUCUACAUUUGGAAAAACAUGUCUCAUAUGGUCAUUAAG